CAAACUCAAGGGUCCUUCAUACCCGCCCUCUUCUGACUUCCUCCGCUGAUAAUACCGCGCUUAUGCGUGCUGCCUCUGUCUUCACUUCCCAGGUACACUUAUUCAGAUCAUCUCUGGAAAGCCUCAAUUAACUGAAAGCCACUCAUACACCGUCAUACCGCUUAUCACUCCCGUCAAUUCCACUCAACAUGUUCUCGCACCUCCUCAAGCCCGCCGCCCGCUCUGCAGGUCUUCUGGGACAUGUGAACCGCCGCUAUCUCGCUACCGUGCAUACAAACACCGCUCGCGAGAUUCCUAAGCCUUCGCGCAAGCCCACUCCGAUUUCACUCGAGAACGCAACAUUCACAAUCAAGAAUGGCCCAAUCUUCUCGGGCAAGUCCUUUGGCGCAAAAGCCAAUAUCUCCGGUGAAGCCGUCUUCACCACCUCGCUCGUUGGAUACCCCGAAUCCAUGACCGAUCCCUCCUACCGUGGACAGAUUCUUGUCUUCACCCAGCCGCUGAUCGGCAACUACGGCGUUCCCUCUUCCGCCCGCGACGAGCACGGUCUGCUCCGAUACUUUGAGUCUCCCAACAUCCAGGCUUCGGGUAUCGUCGUUCAAGACUACGCCUUGAAGCACAGCCAUUGGACUGCUGUUGAGUCUCUCGCACAAUGGUGCGCUCGCGAGGGUGUCCCUGCUAUCUCUGGCGUCGACACUCGUGAGGUUGUAACAUAUCUCCGUGAGCAGGGGUCAUCUCUUGCUCGUAUCACCGUCGGUGAGGAGUACGAUGCAGACGAGGACGAGGCCUACAUUGACCCUGAGGCCAUCAACCUGGUCCGUCGUGUAUCCACCAAGGCUCCGUUCCACGUCAGCUCCUCACUCGGCGAUAUGCACGUUGCUCUGAUCGACUGCGGUGUCAAGGAGAACAUCCUCCGCAGUCUCGUCUCACGGGGCGCCAGCGUUACCUGCUUCCCCUUCGACUACCCCAUUCACAAGGUCGCCCACCACUUUGACGGUGUCUUCAUCUCCAACGGACCUGGAGACCCCACUCACUGCACUUCGACCGUCUACAACCUCCGCAAGCUGUUCGAGACCUCCCAGCUUCCCGUCAUGGGUAUCUGCAUGGGUCACCAGCUGAUCGCCCUCGCUGCUGGAGCGAAGACCAUCAAGCUGAAGUACGGCAACCGCGCUCACAACAUUCCAGCUCUAGACCUCACCACCGGAAAGUGCCACAUCACUUCGCAGAACCACGGAUACGCCGUGGACCCCACUACUCUUACCAGCGAGUGGAAGGAGUACUUCACCAACUUGAACGACCAGUCGAACGAGGGUCUCAUCCACGCCUCCCGCCCCAUUUUCAGCGCGCAAUUCCACCCCGAAGCCAAGGGCGGACCGAUGGACUCCUCGUACCUCUUUGACAAGUAUAUCCAGAACGUCCAGAGGUACAAGGAUCACCAGUCAUCCUUCUCCGAGAAGAGCAACAAGCCCAGCCCGCUUUUGGUCGACCUCCUCAGCAAGGAGCGUGUUGGUGUGCACCCUGCUCAGCCAGACUUUGAGAUGCAUGUUCCAGGCAGGGUUGAGCAGGUGGAUGUUGGUGGACCCGUUGCGCCGCCGUACCAGCCUAUCACUGCUGCCGCCUAGGUGAAUGAGUGUUUUGGCGACGUGAUUUGGUAUUUUGGUAGUCUAUAGUUGGAAAUGGCGUUUCAUGAUGAGUUCUAUUACAAGAUUGAUGCCGGAGGAAUGACUUCAGGUGCGCUUUCAUAUUCAUGUACACAGCAA